AUGUCGGCACAAGAAAGCAAGAAAAAACCAUCAUGUUCAUCAGCAUCAUCGUCUUCGCCUCCAAAACGUUCCAAAAAAGAACAUAAAAAUGAAAAGGAUGCUAAUGACGUUCCAAUUGAAGAGGUUCAUACGGUGAAUGAUUGGGAAAAUGCUGAUCUCGGUGAUGAUCAACGAAAACAAAAAUUUCUUCGUUUGAUGGGUGCAAAGAAACAUAAAGAUGAAACUCGAGUUGAUAGACAAGAUUCACAUAGUAGCAAUCAUAAUGAUGAUGUUUCAUCGGAAAAAAAACAUUCUCGUUCAAAAGUCGAAAAUGAAACAAUUGAACGUGAAUUAGAAAAACAAUUUAAUGAAGGUUUACAAUCGAAAAUUACACAUACACAUCAUGAAGGUCUUGGUUUUCAUGGUGAUAAUAGUAGUAGUGCAUCAAGUUCAAGUGAUUGGCAUCAUCAAUCAACAAAAACAAAAUUUGUACCAGCUAAAACAGAAGUUGGAUCAUCAAUGGAACAUGUUCAAGUAGAUGACAAUAAAAAAGAAGAAGACAAAUCAAAUGAUAAACAAAAUAAAUCAAGUGAAAAACAAGAAAAAAAGAAAAAAUCGAAAUCAUAA